AUGGCUCAAGGAACAGUCAAAAUGUCGGCCAAGUCGUCGCAGCCGACGAAAAACAAGGGCACGAUGAAAAAGGGCGCACGGGUCUUCAAGCCCAAAAAGUCAAACUCGUCCACCAAGGCUGAUAAGCUUGUCAAAAAGUACACGUCGGGCUUGGUCGGUCAGACCGAGAAGUUGCUCGGCGAGCGUGCCGGUCACUUGGAGCUGAUUGGAAAGGGGAGGACGAAGAAUAAGGACGCAGCCGGAUCCAACAAGACCGGCGGCUCCAGGAAAUUCGGCUGA